CAGGUUCGACAUCUGUUUCACGACAUUCUGUAUCAAUAGCUUCUCUAGAAUCUGACUCGGCGUAUCCGUCUGGAUCUGGGUACGAUGGCGAAGAACAUCACUUUGAAAGAAGCUCUCAAGACCGAGCGGUUGACGCCUUUCGGGAAUGCCGUCGCCGGGGCUAUGGGUGCGGUGGUCAGCAGCGCUCUCGUCUACCCAUUAGAUACGGUCAAGACGCGAAUUCAGGGCUCGUCGACCGAUUCGAGCGUGACGAAAUUGACCGGACCUGAUAGGAAAAGCAAGAACGCCAUCUUGGCAGUCUUACUCAAGACGUGGAAGAACGAAGGUUUAGAAGGGUUCUUCAGAGGAUUCGGAGCGAACAUGAUUAGUACUUUCAGCAUGCAAUUCGCCUACUUCUUCUUCCACUCCUCGUUAAGAACUGCCGUUCUGAAACGCCGCACCUCCAAAUCUCUAUCUACAUCCCUAGAACUCCUCCUCGGCGCCCUCGCAGGAGCUCUCGCUCAGAUCUUUACCAUCCCCGUAGCCGUCAUCGCUACCCGUCAGCAACUUUACGAACGCACAAAGGGCAGCCCGGAAACUCGAGAUCCGAGCAUGUUCGAUACGGCCCGUGACAUCAUCGAAGAGUCCGGCGUGACGGGCCUGUGGACGGGGUUGAAACCGGGUUUGGUGCUCACAGUGAACCCUGCUAUCACGUAUGGCGUGUUUGAAAAAUUGAAAGGGAUGGUCUUGGCCGCUGCUGCUGUUCGUGCAGCUGGCUCAAGCGGGGACGAUGCUGCGCUGGCGAAGGCCCUCAAUUUGGGACCGGGGUGGAGCUUCUUGUUGGGUAUGACGAGCAAGACGUUGGCUACGGUCGUCACGUAUCCUUACAUCUUUGCAAAAGUACGUCUCCAAGCAAAAUCACCGAAGAUCGACUCGACAGCGUCGCCCUCGACGUCAGAACAGCAACCUCAAACAACGACGUCGGUAUCGCCACCCGGGUCGUUUGCUGAUGUCGUCAAGCACGAACCGGCUCAUCAACACGGCGACCAUCUCGUCACCUCCACCGACCUCGAGGCGAACAAGACCGAAGCUUCGUCUUCAACACCGCAUGUCACUGGAGAAACAGAACGAGAAGCAAGGAAGGCCUCGGUCGAGAAGAAGAAGUUCACUUCGGCUGUCGAGCUCUUGCAAUAUACUUAUGCGAAACAUGGGUUCAAGGGGUGGUAUCAGGGCAUGUCGGCUCAGAUCUUAAAGGCGGUCUUGUCGCAAGGAAUCUUGUUCAUGCUCAAGGACCAAUUCGAGAAGUACGCUCUGAUUCUGAUGAUCCUGGCUAGAAGAGCUUUGGCUCGGCGUUGAACGUGUCGAGGUCCAUUGAGGCGCCCUGAGGUUGUUGUAUCUGGAGCGCUUGUAGGCAAUCACGAGAUAUGUAGCAUCGAUAUACAACUCCGACUUGGUCGCCAAGCACAUCAUCAAUUCGAUGUUCCCCUGCGGA